CCUUCUCAGCCUAGCGUGCCUGGCCCAGCAACCCCACAACUUCCGUCUUAUCUCAUCCUCUUGCAACCUCCAACCUCUUAUGUCCUAUCGCCAUGCCAGUCGGACGCUAAAUCCAAGCAUACACACGUGAGAAGGCAUGGUGGGGCUCACAACGGCAAGUCCCUCUUUGCACAGCGUGCCACUUCUGCGGCUUCAAAAAGUCUAGACCGCACAAUAACUUGCGUCCGAUGAAGUUCGGAUACCGUUUGCAACUUCGUGGGAACUAGAGCCAAGUCCAUGCUUAAUGAUUCGUCGUUUCGGGUGCGGUUAUUGACGUAACCAUCAACAAUACUCCGCACCAAUGUCAAUCGGAAAUAGUGCGGAUUUUGGCCUUAUAUCACCGUGAACGACAGCAUAAAGGCUAGAAACAUUACCGUUGAAUCGGUUACUCACCCUGACCUCCUACACUGCGUACACUUGCUGUCUUCCUAUGUCAAUCAUCAACCCACAAUGUCACCCCGCGUCUUCCUCAUUACCGGAACAUCUACCGGCUUCGGUGCGGAGCUCGUCAAAGUCGUCCUCAGCAAGGGAGACCACGUAGUAGCCACCGCCCGCGACUCUUCAAAGCUCUCUUUCCCGGAGGCCAACUCAUCCAACAGUAUCCUCGUGGACUUGGAUGUGACCAAAAAGGAUUCAAUUGACAAGGCCUUUGAUGCAGCAGUCAAGAAGUUCAAGCGCGUCGAUGUGGUGGUGAACAAUGCCGGAUACGGCCUGUCCGGUCCGUUUGAGACGCUUUCCGACGCCCAGAUGAGAAAGCAGAUGGACAUCAAUUUCUUUGGCUUGAUCGACGUGACUCGCAAGGCUAUCCAGACGAUGCGGGAUCUGAAGAGUGGUGGCGUUAUCCAGCAAAUUACGUCGAUCGGUGGUCAAAUAGGCGUGCCCAGCUUUAGCAUCUACUGCGCUUCGAAAUGGGCCGUCGAAGGCUUCACCGAGACCGUUUCGAAAGAAGUCAAACCUGAGUGGGGCAUCAAGUUCACUUGCAUCGAGCCAGGAGGCUUCAGGACCGACUGGAGUGGACGAUCCAUGGAAUUCGGUGAAAACAGGACUGAUGAGUUGGACAAAGCAUAUGACCACAUCGACCCAAAGAAGAUCGCCUCCAAUAGGCACAUGAAGCAGGCGGGCGACCCACCAAAGGCCGCGAAAGUGUUCUACGACUUGGCGGUCAUGGAGGACCCGCCGCUGAGAUGUGUCGUCGGCACUGAUGCGUACAAAGCCAUCAGCAGCAAAAUUGAUACCUACUCCGAGAACGUUGAGAAGUUCGCGAAGUGGAGCAACAGCACCGACGUGGACGAGUGAAUACGGGCUGUCGGCGUUGCUUGUCGGCUUUCGCUCCCGGGGAAUCGAGUAGGAUCGCCAAGUGUACGUAUAAUGAACACCACAAUGACAAACACAG